GAAAUAACUGUCUGCCUCUUGUUUUAACACAGGUUAUCUUACGAUGAGGCUUUUGCUAUGGCUGAUGACCCCUUGGAAGGCUUCCAUGAAGUAAACCUUGCUUCACCUACUUCCCCGGACCUUCUUGGUGUGUAUGAAUCGGGAAGCCAAGAGCAGACUACCUCACCAGGUGUCAUCUAUCGGCCGCACCCUGCAGCUCUAUGCUCUGCCCCUAUCCAGGCUAAUGCGUUGGAUGCUUCUGACCUCCCUACACAGCCUGUGUAUUCAUCUCCCAGACGUUUAAGUUGUGCGGAAAUAUCUGGUAUCAGCAUUCAUGUUACAGACCCAGCACCUUGUUCUACCUCUGGAGUCACAGCUGGGUUAGCUAAGUCAGCCACGAGGAAGGACAACUGUAAUGCAGAGAGGGAGUUUUUACAGGGUGCCACUCUAACAGAGGCUUGCGAGGGCAGUGAUGAUAUUUUUGGGUUGAGUAUCGACAGUCUGUCCCGUUUACGAAGCCCAUCUGUUUUGGAAGUUAGAGAAAAGGGCUACGAAAGAUUAAAAGAAGAACUCGCAAAAGCUCAGAGGGAACUGAAGUUAAAAGAUGAAGAAUGUGAGAGGCUUUCAAAAGUGCGAGACCAACUUGGACAGGAAUUGGAAGAACUCACAGCUAGUCUGUUUGAGGAAGCUCAUAAGAUGGUGAGGGAAGCGAAUGUCAAGCAAGCAACAGCAGAGAAACAGCUGAAAGAAGCUCAAGGAAAAAUUGAUGUACUUCAAGCUGAAGUAGCUGCACUGAAGACGCUUGUGUUGUCCAGUUCUCCAACCUCGCCUACACAGGAGCCUCUGCCAGGUGGAAAGACACCGUUUAAAAAGGGGCAUCAGAGGAAUAAAAGUACAAGCAGUGCCAUGAGUGGCAGUCAUCAGGACCUCAGUGUGAUACAGCCAAUUGUAAAAGACUGCAAAGAGGCUGAUCUGUCUCUGUAUAAUGAAUUCAGGUCUUGGAAGGAUGAGCCAACAAUGGACAGAACGUGUCCUUUCUUAGACAAAAUCUAUCAGGAAGAUAUCUUUCCGUGUUUGACAUUUUCGAAAAGUGAGCUGGCUUCAGCUGUUCUGGAGGCCGUGGAAAACAAUACCCUGAGCAUUGAACCAGUGGGGCUGCAGCCGAUUCGAUUUGUGAAAGCUUCUGCAGUUGAAUGUGGAGGACCAAAAAAAUGUGCUCUCACCGGCCAGAGUAAGUCCUGUAAACACAGAAUUAAAUUAGGGGACUCAAGCAACUAUUAUUAUAUUUCUCCUUUUUGCAGAUAUAGGAUCACUUCUGUGUGUAACUUUUUUACAUACAUUCGAUAUAUCCAGCAGGGACUUGUGAAACAGCAGGAUGUUGAUCAGAUGUUUUGGGAAGUUAUGCAGUUGAGAAAAGAGAUGUCCUUGGCAAAGCUGGGAUAUUUCAAAGAGGAACUCUGAUGCUCGGCGUGGGACCAUGCAUGAACCUCUCUGAACAACUGAAAAAUGACUGCAUAUUUUUAUGGUUACUCAAUAUUUAUUUCCAAGGAGUGGGCCCAAGACUUUUCUCCUCUUUUGCAAAUUACACUAAGAAAUACUGUGAUUUCUUUUUAACUGACUUAUGCUGUGUUUGCUUACUCUUUAGUUGAACACACUAUAAAGAAUUACAGGUGUACUAGUGAUUGUAAUUUCUAGUUGCAAAAACAAACACCAAAUAAAUAAAUGUUAGAUUGAC